CUGGAACUGAAAUUCAAAUGCCAUAUUCAGUAUUUCAUUCAUAUUGUGGUCAAACAUUGUGAUUUCCGUUCCGGUAUUUGUGAAAUCGUCUAUCACAAAAUGUUUCGCACACGUUACGAAGAACUUUGUCAUCUCAUCGAACUUAAUAAAAACCUGAAUCCUUCUUCAAUGAGAAAUCAAAUAACAAAUCUGCCUGAUUCCAUUACACCACAUAUUGAAAAUGUUGCAAAAGCUUUUGAAAAUGAAAUCAAAUCAUUUUCAUUAAAAAUGAUGGAAUCAAUGUUUGAAACUAAACUGGUAGAUUACGAAUUUAUCGAUUGUGUUUAUGAAUUCGAUCGAAAUAUGUUUGAAAUGGUCUUGCAAACAACAAUUGAUAAUACUUAUGAUACAAUUGGAUUUCAAAUUUCAAUGUUAAUAGUUCGUGGAUUUAAAUAUUUUUUACAAGCUAUAAUUGGAUAUGAAGCAAUUUUAAAGAAAUUACAAAUUGAUAUUUCAAAACAUAGAAUGAAAUCGGUGAAACUAAUGAAAGGACUUGAAGAAAUGGUGGCAAUGGAAGAAUUUAGUCAGUUAUCAGAAGAUCCAAGGCAGAGGGUAGAAAAAAUGAUAGAUUAUCUGAAAAUGAGUAUGAAAAGUGUUCCAAAAUCUGAUGAAACCGGAAGUAAAACUUCAAAAAAGGAAGAAGCGGAAACUAUUUAUCCAUUUUUGUCAAUUUCAAGAAAAUAAAAAAAUGGUACUUUGAUCCGAUAAUUUUUAA